GUGUCUCAUUCCCUCGUUAUCCCUCUGUGUAUUUAAGCCCUGUGUUUCUCUUUGUCAGUGUCGUAGUCUCCCUCAUAGCUGUGUGAUUUUUCCCUGUGGCUCCUCGUGCUUUAGUCUCCCCAGUUUAAGUUUAGUACUGUUUUUGUGUUUCACCUUUUGCCAGCAUUAAAGCUGUGUUUUUGAGUUUACGUUUUGUCUCCGUGAGUUUGCGUUUGGGUCCUCUCCUGCCUGCCACACAGCCGAAACAUGACAGAAGACUACGACCAGACAAUGGACCCAGCAGCUCACAAUCCCUCCGCUGAGCUCCAGGAGGACAUGAUCUACACGGUAGAAUUUCUCUGCCAGGAGUGGUUUGCGCUGCCAUUUAAGGAAUACCAGGAGGAACUAGCUCUCCGCUUACAACGGAUGAUCUCUGGACUCCCCUGGUUAUUUGGCAUGCUCCACCCUUUAAUCCAGGACUUCCUUGUUUCUACUGUGCGUGUCUGCCCUGAGCAGCCACUCCUGUGUGAAGAGCCGGAGGAUUUUCAGACGAGUCCGCUUGAGGAUUUGCGGGCCGACUCGUCUCCUCCCUCUUCCAGGAGAAAGCGGCAUUCACGCCGCCAUCGCUCCACAGCAGCUGAGCAGACCAUUUUUGUGAGUAAAAGUGACUGUUUGCCACAUUCUGACUCCAAACCUUCUGCCAUUUCAUCCACUGUUAGUCAUGCUGCUCCUAUGAACACUUUAGUUUUUCAACCUGCACCUCAAGUGACUGUUUUGGGUGUGGCCUCACCCCUGGACUUUGCUGCUCACCAGUCAGCUUAUUCAGAAACUGCCUUUGCAAACCUACCUACGCCUGUGACCGCUCCUGAGCUCCGCUCUCCACCACCUGUCCCGGCUCCCAGGGUGAGGCCAGCCAGGGCACAGCCUACCUCCGCACCCGUACCUACUCCUCGGGUGGGAGCGGCUCGUGUCCGGCGGGUGCCUGCACCCAUUCCUGUGUCCGCUGAAGUCUCAGACGAGCCUAUCCAGCCCCUGUCCUUGUGUUCUGUAGGCUCGGAGAUAUGUCAGCAACAACUACCACAAUCACUACAACCUCUCAUUUUUUCCAUAGUUCAGUCUGUUGCUCAGUUAGCUCAGUCGUGUGUUCAGGCUUCAGUUUUGUCUCCAGGUCAGGCUUCAGUUUUGUCUCCAGGUCAGGCUUCAGUUUUGUCUCCAGGUCAGGCUUCAGUUUUGUCACCCAUGCCGGUCCCCAGGGUGAGGUCAGCCAGGAUACAGCCCGUCUCGCACCCGUACCUACUCCUCGGGUGGGAGUGGCUAGUGUCCGGCAUGUGCCUGCACCCGUCCCUGUUUCUACUGAGGGCUCAGGAGAAUUCAGUCUACAACCCACACCGCCAUCACUACUGCAUGCCUUUCAGUCAUUAGCUCGGUCACUAGCACUGUUAGCGGCCCAGUCCAUAGUACACUUUCCUGUGCUUCCGUUAGCUCAGCCCUUAGCCCACUGUGCAGCUCAGUCAUUUGCUCCAUCACCUGCUCAGCCUUAUGUUCAGCCGGUGGUCUCUGCACCUACUGCUC